CUGUUAUUUGUCAGAGAUCGGCUGUGCUUCUCUGGCCUCAGUGCUGAAAUCCAACCCCUCCCAUCUGAGAGAACUGGACCUGAGCAGAAAUGAUAUCCGAGAUUCGGGAGUGAAGCUCCUCUCUGCUGGACUUGAAAGUCCACACUGUAGACUGGAGACUUUAAGACUGAGCUCCUGCGGUUUGUCAAGGAUCAGCUGUACUUCCCUGGCAUCAGCUAUGAAGUCCAACCCCUCCCACCUGAGAGAACUGGACCUGAGAGAAAACAGCCUGCAGAAUCCAGAUGUUAAGGAGCUGUCUGAUUAUGUGAAGCAUAAACACUAUAGACUGGAGACUCUGAGUUGGAAGUACACACACUGACACUUCACCUCCACCAAGUGGACCUGAGUCUGGACUCAGUUGAACUGUUGUUCUUUUGUUCCAUGCAGCCAUUCUGAGCCCCAAGUGACAGACUCCUGUUGAUACAUGUACUCAGUUGGUUCCAGUUCAACAUACUGCAGAUCAUAGCACUCCCUACUGGUGUAGACCCACAGCAGUUCAGUUUAAAGGACUCCUCACAGCAAGAUUUCAGACUAAAUUAAACUAAUUUUAGGACUAGAAAGCACUAGAUUUAUGACUAGAGGUACUGGUUUAAAGAAUGAUUAAAGACCAGAGAGGGGCCAAAAUAAAAGACCACAAAGGACAAGAAUUAAUUAAUCCACUCAAUCAUCUAGUUCCUUUUAGUUUUUACUCUUGUCCUAAAUUUAGCCCCCAUUAGUCUUGUACAGUAUGUAACCUUACAUAUCUAGCCUUAAAUCGAGUCAAAGACAGGGUUGCAAUGAGAAAUCUGACGGCAAUAAUCUAAUGAUGAAAUGAUUGUUUUCAUACUACAUGCAUAGAUCAUGGUCAAGACUGCUUAAGUGAGCAUUGCUUAUAUGAGAAACAGGCAAAUUUUCCAGGUUCACGCAUAUUUUGUCUGCGGGAUCAUUUCUCUGGUAUUUUGAUAUCUUGUGAUAGACCUAUCUCGUCCUCAGCACGGACGGCCAGCACCGCUUCUCUCGUGCAUGAUCGUGCAUUGUUUAUGAGCUGAGGUAGAUCAGCAUAUCAACCGCCCCAUAAAGCCCCUCGCUCCUUUUCAGGUGUUUCUCUCUACAUAGCCUAUAGCAAGUGCACACCUGCCAAAUGCGCUGAGGGCAGAUAGGCUACUUGAAAAAAAUAAAAUAAAAUAAAAUAAAACAGACAUUCAUCCAUUGCCAGCAGACAAAACCAUAUGCUGUCAUCUACCCUCCUCCCCAUUGCGCAUGCGCUCCCUCUCCGUCGUCUGGCUCCGUUCUCAGCCUGACAGCUCGCCGGAGGACAGUCACAGAACUGAUUCUUGGACUUCUCACCAGCAGCGAUUAGGGGACGAGCAAGUCUGGGUGUCGUGAGCGCUGGCUGGAUUAAACAGCGGCUGUGGUCUUGAGCAUCCUGCGGCAUGGAGCGCUCCUGAUCCCGAGGCAAGAGCUCAGCCAGUCUCCCCUCCUCACAUCUUGAUUCUCUUUGGAUAUUUGGAGGCCUGACCAUGUCUGCGAGAGAGAAGGGGAUUCUGACCAAAGACAGCAUCAGCCUGCUGCCUUGUUUCUAUUUUGUAGAGUUGCCGAUCCUGGUAUCGUCUGUGGUCAGUGUGUACUUCCUGGAGUGGACAGAUGUGUUCAAGCCAGUGAAGUCUGGCUUCAACUGUCAUGACCGCAGCCUAAGCCUGCCCUACAUCGACCCCAGCCACGAGGUCAUUCCCUUAUUGAUGCUGCUCAGCCUGGCCUUUGCUGGACCUGCCAUCACAAUAAUGAUUGGAGAGGCCAUCCGGUUCUGCUGUCUGUCUCGAAGGAAGAGUGGCGCUGGGGCCGAGGCUAACAUCAAUGCCGCUGGAUGCAACUUCAACUCCUUCAUACGCAGAGCUAUUCGCUUCAUUGGCGUCCAUGCAUUUGGUCUUUGUGCCACGGCCUUAAUCACUGACAUUCUCCAACUGAUGACGGGCUACCCAACACCCUACUUCCUCACUGUGUGUAAACCCAACUACUCCACGCUCAUUGUCAGCUGUGAGCAGAACCCUUAUGUUAUGGAGGAUAUCUGCUCAGGGGCUGACCCCACAGCCAUCAACCAGGGCAGAAAAUCCUUCCCAUCACAGCACGCUACCCUUGCAUCUUUUGCUGCUGUCUACGUGUCGAUGUACUUCAACAGCACUCUCACAGACUCAUCCAAGCUGCUCAAGCCCCUGCUGGUCUUCUCCUUCAUUAUCUGUGCCAUCAUUUGUGGACUGACCAGGAUUAUUCAGUACAAGAACCAUGCCAUUGACGUCUACCUGGGCUUCCUGAUUGGAGGAGCUAUUGCGGUCUACCUGGGGUUGUAUGCAGUUGGCAAUUUCCAGCCUAGUGAGGUGACAGACACCAAGCCCCCACUACUGCUACCCCGACCUCCCUGCUCUUUGCCUCACAUAAGUCAGGAGGCAAUCCUCCGCCACCUGCAAAUGAAAGCCAGCAUGGCCCAGGAGUCGACCAUACCCACCUCCCACUCAGAGGGCCUCCUACACAGAGGCCUUCAGCAGCAGAGGCCUGAUGAUGGCCUAAAGUUUCCGAGUGCAGAAAUGGAUGUGAUCUCCCCCAACAGCUCAGAGAGCAAAGAUGGCAUGUUGACCUUUAGCCAUACCCUUCCUCGGGUCCACACCCCCCAGGCCAUGGCAGCGUACGAGGAAGCAGCCAGACAUCAUGCUGCUACACUCCACCAUGCCUCCAUGGACACAAGCCGCUCAAAACAGCUUCUGUCUCAAUGGAAAAAUAAGCACAAUAACCACAAAUGCUCCAUGCAGGUCCCAGACAUAUUUUACUCCUCUGUAGACUCGUCAUCUGGCCAGUCCUCCCAGCAUCUGCACCACCAUGGAAGCAUUGAGCUCCGGUCCAGCUCUGAACCAUCAGCUGCGGAUCUGAAUGGAGGCUUUGAUGGUCAUGCAUACAUGUCUGCAGGCGCUAGUACCACCCUCCCCAGUAAUUGUAGUGGCAUCACUGGAGGGGCCAGGAUAUGCAUGCAGUCUAGACCUGGGUCUUCUCAGCUGGUCCACAUACCAGAAGAAGCCCAUGAGAAUUACAACGCCAUGUCCCCAAGGACUGCAGGAGGAGGAAGUGAGGUGAUGUCAGCAGUAAAUAACACAGUUCAGGCUAACUGGCAACAUGCAGCUGAGAAGACAACAGCAUGCAGGACUAAUGAUAGUGGACAGAACACCCAGGCACGAAUCAUGCAUGUGAUUGCUAUGUUCAAGCAGCAGGGCCUACUACAGACCCAUUCCAAGAGCUUAGAUGAGAGCAGCAUCACUGGGAGUUGCCAGGGUUCUGUUAAUUACAGGGCACUAGCGGAUCAAGAACCUACCAGCACCACAGGGCCCAGCUCACUAGGAAGCACCAUAGGCAACAUUUCCGGGAGUACUGGAGCAAUUGUCAGAGUAGAGGCCCACCCUGAAAACAACAGGCCUGUUAUCCAGGCUCCGUCCACAGAUGGAAGUGGCUCAUGGAGGUGGCGGUCCCUGGAUCAUGGAACUGGAGCUGGUGGAGGUGCAGGGACUAGUGGAGCAGAAGGAGGAUCAGGAGGAGGAAGUGGGAGUAUGAGGCAGUCCUUUGAGCUCAAUGAUCUGAACAGAGAUUCAGAAAGCUCAGACUCCAUACGUGAAGGGUCCCUUGACAGGAAGUGUGCCAAUCACAUCAUAACCACCACUGCCACCAUUAGCACCACACCCAUAAUUACAGUUCACUCCCAGAGCACUAGCCAGUCAGAGCAGAGGCUCCACCCCCAGGGACUCUCUACCAUUAGGGUCACUCCAGGAGAUGGCAGCGUUUCUGGAUCUGGAGGAGGUAGUGGUGGAGGAGGAAGCAGAGUUGGUGAUGGAGAGAGUGCUUCCGAAACACCCUCAGUCACUUCCAGUUGCGAGUCAGCUCUGCGGAAAAAAGGCAAUAAUAUUAUCCUGAUUCCAGAAAGAGCCAACAGCUCCGACAAUGCCCGAAAUAUUUUCUACAAGGGAACAUCUAUAACGUCUGUUUUCAAGGACUAGCAUACAAAAUGACCGAAGGCUCCUGAAAAGAUGUAGCUAACAACGAAACAGUCAGAUUUUCUAACAACCCCAUAUCUGUGACAAUACCUGCCAUUGUAAUGUGUAUAUAUCAUAAUAAUUUCAAAAGAAAAAGGUUUAAUUCAGCAUGAGAUUUUUGUACGUUUACACUGAAGCACAACCUUUUAAGUGUUGUAGAACUAAUCACUGUGUACUUUUGUGGUCACUCUUAAAGAAACCUAUUGUAAUGGUGAAGCUGUGCCAAUGCUUUGGGGAGAAGACCUUUUUUAAACAGUUGUAGAAGUUUUGGAUAUAAAUCACAAAAAGAAAAAAACUGAGUAGCACAGUUCAAACUGUAGCGAAUGACUGCAAUAUAUUUGUAUCACAGCUGUGAAGUCAACUGCAAAUCUGUGUUUACUUUCCUGCACUAUUUGAUUGAAAGGGUGCUACGCCAGAUAAUACUAUUACUAUAAAUGAUACUGUAUAAUUUGAAGAGAUAAAGAAUUAUUUUACAAAGAGCGAGAAACUAUGUGACAGAUUUGUUUUAUAUUUUGUCUCUCUUCUGUACAGAUACCGCAUACUCAACUGAAUACUCUUUUGAGCCAUAAGUGUGCUUAGCAUUCCUUCUGUAGCUAUGAAGUCAAAUAUUCUGUGACUUGCACUGAAAUAUGCAUUUGCUGAACCUUUUUUAAUGCAAACCCUGACUUUAUAUUGUGAACUUGUAGUACAUUUGGACACCCCUGUCAGUCUUAUUUACAGCACAAAAAAACAGCAAAACACUAGAAUAGUAUGCUUCUUUAUACCAUAUUAGUACAAUGCAAUCCUUGAACUCAAGCGUUCCACCGGAAUUUGGCAGGUUUCAAUCUGCAUACAAACCUGCCUUUGUAGCUUUGUACUGGAAAAGCAGUCUGAAAUUUUGAAAAAUCACUUGCUGCUAUCAAUUCCAUAACCUAAGUAGGAGUAGUUAUUUGGAGUGUACCCAGGGUUCCAAAAUAAAUCCAUGUCUACAUUUUUUGCAUAGACAUGUUUAGGUGACUGGCAGAUGCUGUUAGACAUGCAACUCUCCCAGGUAUAUGACACAGGUUGAACAGCUGUGUUAUAAAAAAAAUGUUGUUUUAUAAAAUAAAACCACGAGGAAAGAGUUCAGCUAAGAAUUUCACGCUGCAUUUCGGUAAGAAAAAUUUUGUAAUGGAGCUUAAAGUUCUCCUCCAUGGCCAUAACAAACACAGUAUAGCACUAUCACAGUAUGUGGGAGUCUCCCAUUUUUGCAUGUUCCAAAACAUUUAUAUUAUUAAUAAAAAAAUGAUUUAGAAACAGUCAGUUGAGGAUGUACUUAGUGUAGCACAAAGAUGUAGCUGCCAAAAGCUGCAAAUGCUUUAUCACAAGUUUUUAUUCAUGCUGGACAGACUCAGUAUAUGUGCACGUUUUUGGUUGCUUCGUUGGUAUUUUAGAUAGAGGCUCCCAGUUUGCUCCUUUUUCUAGUUUUUGCUAAGCUCAGCUAAACUUCCCCAGGACCUCUUUCUGUACUGGAUGCAUAGAGAUGAGUCUGAUAUUCCCCAGACAUGUUUAUUUCAUCAUCUUUGUCUGAGAGAUAUUUGUAAUAAUUUUAGGUCUUAGUUCUUUAGAAGUAGAUGGAUAUCUAGUGCACUGUGCAUACCUUAGUAGCAAGAGUCAAACCGGAUUUGUUGUAGCCUAUGUUUAAAGGUGCUAUUCGUAGCAUUUUUCACUCCGAAUAUACAAUAAAUAUGGCUGUCAAAUUGUAAUAUAUCAGUAUAAUCAUCAAAUGAAAAGCUCUUGGCAGCUGAUGAUUUUUGCUGGGUUUAGCACUCUUUAGCAAACUUAAGAACAACAACUUUUUCACUUUUGUAAGUAAUUUCUUUUUGUGCUAUAACAUAACCAGCAGUUUUAGUGCCAGGUUUCUUUUCUUUUUACAUUAACAGUGUGUACAGGAUAUUGACUGGUGAGAAACUAUAUGACUGUUUCUCAGUUGACAAAAUCUGUUGUUUACAGUGAAAAACAUUAUGGUGCAUAUGAUUAGUCAAUAUCUCUCUGGUUAAAUAAGCACCUACUAAUAUAAAUUAGAUACCAAGACUCCAGAAGUGGUAUUUAUGAAAAUAUUUUUGUCAGAGUGAUUGUGAGGAAAUUUACCAAGGCUAGAAUUUUUUUAUAGGAAAAUAAAUACAUCAUCAGAUGCACUUUUCAGUAGUUGUAUAGCAUGCCUGCAAUAUGUUGUACAUGAUUUACUCUAUACCCCAGUGUCAUCUGCAUGGUCACAUUUCCCACAAUGUGUUUUAUCAUAAAUAUGCUUUUAUUUUGGAUGAAUAGAAGUGUUUAACAUUAAGUCCUUUAUUUAUGCUUUCUUACUGACAGUUGUAUGACAAUCUUUUUUUAUCUAUGCUCUGUUGCCAAUAGUAACAGUAAGUCACCUUUGCGAAUAUGUGCGUCUGCAUGAGAGAUGCAUAUAAGUCGGGCAGAUCAUGUGACAAUUUGGUGUGAGUCUGUAAGUUUCAUGUGACCUUUGUAUGUUAAUUAUAAUAUCUUUCUGUUCAAUAGAUGUCACCCUACUUUGACAAUACAACCUGAGUUGAUUAAAUAGUGAACUA